AUGAGUUUUGAUGCAACGCGUACUGCGCGUUUAGAACAUGCCGCUGAAGAAGUGGCAGAGGCUAAACAGUACCUCGUAGCUCUUGAUCGACGCCAGCACCAGUACAGAGAGGCUACCCGCGUUCUCAGAAAAUCCAGGGAGGCAGAUGACGUGUGGCUCUUAUGUAGUGGUAGAGUAUUUGUGAAGUCAAAUUUAAGGCCCAAGGGUACACUUAACUACUUAUUCUGGAAACUAUAUACUGGAGAAAAGGAAAUAGAGAAUGGACGUGAGGAGUUGAAGGCAAAGGUGGCUUUUCUGGCAGAACUUGAGGGCCCAGAUCAAACAAUUUCUAAAUAUUUUCAGGGAUUUGAGUUAAAAUCAAUGACGCCAGAAAAAAAUGGGAAUGACUAG